GGAGUUUCGAGAAUAGGCUAAGUAAAAAGUUUACGACUUUUUUACGCUAGACCUAUACUUCGCAGCGGUGCCGCAGUUCGCACAGGCCGGCAGACAGUUAUAAGAGGCUUUGGGUGCUUCGCUUUUGUUAUGCUUCCAUUGUUAUAACUAUACAAUUAUUACAAAUGCCGGCCGGCAAGCGAGGCCGCCCCAGCGCCGCCACGGCGGGACCCCAAGAUGAGUCUGCUGCCGGACCAGGCCCUGGCAGUACCGCCUCUGGAAUCGUGGCGCUGCAUCGCAGCCGGAUGUUCGACUGGAAGCCGUCGGCGGUGGUCGCCAUUGCGCCCUGCCCCGGUGCACCCCUUUUUGCCGUCGGCUAUGAAUGCGGGAGAUUGGAGCUUUGGGACAUGUUACAAUUAGUAUGCACUCAGACCGUGAUCGGUCCGCCCCUGGAGCUCACCUCCCUGGCCUGGGCGCUGGACACCGUCAGCAACACCUGGCGCACCUUCGCCGCCUUCCUGGACGGCACCCUGGCGGAGGUGGUGUGGCGGCAGGGCGCGGUGGCGCACUCCCAGGACUCGUACGGCGGCGUGGUGUGGUCCCUGGUGGCCAGCCCGGCGUCCGUGGUGAAACCAGGCUUCGCGCACGUGUUGGCAGCCGCAUGCGACGACGGCAGCGUGCGGCUGUUUGGCUGCGAGGGCGGCGAGCCGGGGCUGGUCUUGGAGCGAGUGCUCGCGCGGCUGGAGGGGCGGCUGCUGUGCGCCACCUGGCAUGCGGGCGGUACGGCACUGGCGGUGGCGGGCAGCAAGGGCAACAUCCACGUGCUGGAUGCGGUCACGGGUCACGAGCGCGUGCGCAUCACCGCCGCCGCCGCCACCAUGCGCCCCGUAACCGUCUGGCGGCUGCUGUCCCUGCCCGACGGCACGCUGGUCAGCGGCGACAGCGACGGUGCAGUACAGAUGUGGGACAGCCGUUUCGGCACGCUGCUGCACCGCUUCACGCAACACAAGGCGGAUGUGCUCGCGCUGGCGGCGACGGAGGACGGUUCGUGCGUGUUCGCCGCCGGGGUGGACUCCCAAGUGGCGCAAUUCGCCCGGGUAACUGGCGGCGGCGGGGGCGGCGUCUUCUCCCGCGCGGAGACCUGGACGUACACACACUACAAGCGGCCGCACACGCACGACGUCCGAGCGCUGGGGGUGCUGCCGCUGGGGGCCGACCGAGGUGCCGUACUGCUCAGCGGCGGGGUGGACGCGCAGCUGAUUGCCUACCCCGCGCAGGCCUUCCUGCACGAGCACCCCUCGCGGCUCAGCAAGUGUCCGCAGCGGCCUAUUUGCCAAGCCACGGUGGGGGCUCCGGCGGCGCCGUCAAGGCUGCUGGUGGCCCAGCAAGACACGCUCGAUGUCUGGCAGCUGGCGUCAGCGUCGUCAGCGGCGGCGGCGGCAGGGGCUGCCGUACGGCAUCACGAGCAGGGUCCUGAAGGUGAGCCGCUGGAGCUGCUGACGGCGCCCCGGCACCUGGCGAGGAUCAAGGUGAAGGGUGCUCGUGUGGCGGCGGCGGCGAUGUCACCGUCAGGUGCAUUUGUCGCAUGCAGCACGCCGCUGGGCACACGUGCGUACCGUCUGGAAUCCGCCGCCGCUGCGUCGGCGGCGGCGCCGGCCGUGACGCGGCUCAAGCUGGCGUCGGCGGCCGCCAGCGAGGCAGCCGUGGCCGUUGCGGCAACCGACUCCCACCUGGUGCUGGCGUUACACAACGGCUCGCUGCUGUCAUGCGAGCUGCCCAGCGGCGCCGUCGCGGCUCGUGCGCCCGUACGGCCCGUCAGCCCGGCGGAGGCGGAUUGGAGCGCCGACGCUCAGGCCUGGCGCAACCACUGCCCGCCCGCGGCCUCGCUCGUCGCCUCCGCCGACGGCUCCCUGCUGGCGGCGGUUGGCUGCCACGGCAUUUCCCUGCACCGGCUGCCGGGGCUGGAGCCGCACGGCCGGCUGCUGCGGGCCGACGGCGCCUUCACCGCCGUCGCCUUCAGCCACGACGGCCGCCUGAUCGCCGCCACCACCUCCGCCUGCCAGCUGCUGCUGUGGGACACCGUCGACUGCCGGCAGGUGCAGUGGUGCUUGGACAACGCGGAGGCCGCCACCGCCGCCAUCGCUCGGCUCCCAGGCGCUCCCACAGCCAUCAGCUUCAACCCAGCGGCUGCGGGCGCGUCUGCCGCCGCAGCAGCAGCACCAGCGGCAGCUUACCGCGUCGUCGUCAACAGCAACGGUGGCAUGGUCCACUUUGAUCUGUCACGUCCGGUUGCAGAGACGUACCUGACCGGGAAGGAGGCGCGCAGGCAGCGCAGGCGGCCGGUGCCGGUAGAGGACCGGCCGGAGAGCCGCGGCAGCAACGGGCGAGUGAUCCGUACGGCACACCCUGCGGUGUGGGUGGGCCACGUUGGCCCUGCGGAGCUGCUGUUGCUUGAGAAGCCGUGGGAGAAGGUGCUGGCGGAGUUGCCGCCACCGCUGUACCUGCAUCGCUACGGCAAUUGAGUGCGGUGUGGUGGUGGUUGGUGCAUGCAUGCAACGCCGGCUUUGGAUGUGUGUCGGCUGGUGUGGGUUGGGGAGAAGGGUGCUGGGGGCUUGGUGGUUGCGCCCUGCGCGGUGCAACUCGUACUCGAGUGCAUGUCCGUUGCUCGCUGCCGUGUGUUUGACAGCACGUACGACCCUGUGACGCAACCGAGGGGGCCUCAGGCGGUAUCGCACUUACGGGGUACCGCAUGUGGUGAGCUGGACCAUAUGGGGGAGGGGGAGAGCCAGGAAGGCGGCUAGAUGGUUGGCGGUAGGAGGGAUAGCACGUACGGCGCACAGCGGCUCUGUCUUCCACUGUAGAACACGGGGCAGCGUACUGGAGGCCACAUGUAGGGGUCACGGAGCCGUACAAACUGACCGCCAGGCGACGUUUCAUUCUUUCCCGCUGCUAUGCUGCACCAGCACCGCAUACCUACCGGCUGUACGGCAAAGCUUGCUGAAGGAUGGUGGCUGAUCAUGACUUGUGUUCGGGCUUUGCUGCUGUUGUUAAGGCAUGUGGGUGGGAUGCGCUCGGAAGUUGUGGACGUGAGCCCGAGAGCCUUCUGGCAUGUAAGAUGUUGUGGUUGGCGGCACUCUGCCCCUUCGAACUAUGCCCGUCCUUGUAUGUCGACAUCACGUUACGGACCCGUCAUGAACUAGUUCGGCCCAGCAUGAAGGUGAUUGCCAUGCUCACGAACGGCCCUGGC